AUGGAGAAGGUGAAGAACAUGCUCAAGCCGCGGCCGACGCCGCAGCAGCAGCUGCGCGAGUGGCAGCGCCGCCUCCGCAACGAGUGCCGCGUCCUCGACCGCCAGAUCCGAGAUGUGCAGAGGGAGGAGAAGAAUGUGGAGAAAACCAUCAGGGAGGCUGCCAAGCGCAAUGACAUGGGAUCUGCGAAGGCUCUUGCUAAGGAACUUGUAAGAUCAAGACGUGCUGUUAAUCGUCUUUACGAAAACAAGGCUCAACUAAAUUCAGUAUCAAUGCACCUUGGAGAAAUUGUCGCAACUGCAAGAACAGUGGGUCAUCUGUCCAAAAGCACUGAAGUGAUGAAAAUUGUUAACAAUCUAAUGAAAGCUCCAGAGUUGGCUACCACGAUGCAAGAAUUUAGCAAAGAAAUGACCAAGGCAGGUGUGAUGGAAGAGAUGGUGAACGAGGCAGUUGAUUCAGCUUUGGACUCUGAGGACAUGGAGGAGGAAAUCGAAGAGGAGGUUGACAAGGUUCUUGCUUCAGUAGCAGGGGAGACUGCCUCCCAGCUACCAGAUGCUGCCAGGACACAGAAGAUACAUGAGGCUUCAACAAGCAGGGUUCCAGAAGAGCGGCAAGCUGUUGCAGAGGGCGCUGACGAUGACGAGGAAGACCUAGAAGAGAUCAGGGCACGGCUUGCUAAAGUGAGGUCGUAA